AUGCAUCCCCUCACCCUCUUCGUCGCCGCCCUCCCGCUGGCAACCCAAGCCAACGCAGCCCUCCAACGCGUCACAAACUUUGGCUCCAACCCAACAGGUCUGACAAUGGACAUCUCCGUGCCCCCAAACCUCGCCGCCUCCCCCGCCAUCGUCCUCGCCCUCCACGGCUGCGGGGGCUCCGGCGCAGCCUACAGCCGGCAAGCAGAGUACAUCCCCCUCUCCGACGCAAAGGGCACCUUUGUCGUGAUCUACCCGUCGUCCUCCCGCGACUUCAACUGCUGGGACGUCGCCACUACCGCCAGCCUGACCCGCGACGGCGGCGGCGACUCCACCGGCCUGGCCAACAUGGUCCGCUACACCAUCAGCCAGUACGGCGCCGACCCCAAGCGCGUCUUCGUCACGGGCAGCUCGUCGGGCUGCAUGAUGACCAACGUGCUGACGGCCACGUACCCGGACCUCUUCGCCGCCACCUCGUGCUACUCGGGCGUCGCGGCGGGCUGUCUCGCGGGCUCGCCCGGCUCGAGCCCCAUCAGCGCCGAUCCCACGUGUGCCAACGGCCUGGUCGUGAAGACGGGCGAGCAGUGGGCCGCGCAGGUGCGCGCCAUGUAUCCCGGCUACAAUGGGAGCUACCCCCGCGUGCAGACGUUCCAUGGCACGGCGGACUCGCUUGUCAAGUAUCCCAACUUGGCUGAGCAGCUUAAGGAGUGGUCCACCAUCCACGGUGUGAGCUUUGCGAAAAAUAACACCAAUACGCCCAUCAGUGGUUACACGCAAAUGAUCUAUGGAGACGGAACUAAGCUCGUGGGAUACUCUGCGCAAGGUGUCGGGCACACUGUUCCGGUUCAGGAGGAUCAGGAUCUGAAGUGGUUCGGCUUGUAA